CUUCCCGCUACCGCUACCGCUAUACUGGCCAAAAUUCGGUGGAGUUGCACUGACCAGUUCCACCACUGUUCAAGCGUAUCCCGGAACAAAACUCCUAUAAACAGCCAUUUUCGGCCGCUACAAGAGCGAACGAAUAUUGCAAGAUGUCUCUCCCGACAGAUUCGUUAUUUCCACACACGGCACCAGAGGGAGAAAAUGCUCCUCGUAAACGGAGGUCGAGUCUCGUUUACGGCCACUCUAGGCCUCAUGUCGUCACUGGCAAUAUCCCUCGAACAUCAAUUUCGUCCAUUAACACAGUUCCUAGUCGUCGUGAACGUAUUAUAGGCAUACGAAAAAUAUCCAUACCUGGGCAUGCUAGUUAUGGAGCCAUUACCGAAUUGGAUACCGACAACAUGUCGACCAUAAGCAUGCCUCAGAUGCGGUUCUACGGACAUUCGCACGACGAGGUUUACGAGGACCAUAACAACAGAUGGUGGAAUGAAUUUGCUUUGCUGAUCCGCUAUGGUAUUCCUGUUGUCCUUACUUCGUUGCUGCAGUACGGUGAGGUUAUUACAACUGUGUUCUCAUUAGGUCACAUCGGAAAGACUGAACUGGCUGCGGCUAGUCUGGCUAAUAUGACGGCUACUAUUACAGCAUUCGCUAUAUUCCAAGGCAUUGUCUCUUCGCUCGAUACACUUGGUACUCAGAGUUACGGUUCCGGCAACCCAGAACUCGUUGGUCUGCAUCUGCAAAGAAUUCUGUGUCUUCUUGCUGUUGUUCAAAUUCCCAUUGUCAUCAUCUGGUGGAAUAUCAAAGACAUCCUCAUAUUUGUUGGUCAGGACCCUUUGACUGCGUUAUAUGCGGGCAAGUAUAUGCGAGUGCUUCUUUUUGCUUCUCCAGCAUACGCAAUUUUUGAAGCACUGAAACGGUUCUUGCAAGUUCAAGGCAUUUUCCAACCGGUUACUGUGAUUUUGGCUUGCAUUGUUCCGAUCAACGUUUUUCUCAACUAUCUCCUUGUUUGGAGCAAAACAUUUGGUUUUGGGUUUUUGGGUGCUCCCGUCGCUGUUUGUGUGACAUUGUGGAUGGCCUGCGGUGCCGUCUUCUUAUACAUCGUGAAGGUUGAUGGUCGUGAAGCUUGGUGCGGAUUCACCAUGGAAGCCUUCAAAAAUUGGCUACCCACUUGUCGUCUUGCCGCGUCGGGUAUCGUAAUGAUUUGCAGUGAGUAUUGGGCCUUCGAGCUUCUCACGUUUGUUGCUGGCAUUUUGGGUACGACGGAGCUGGCAACCAUGUCUAUUCUUUCCACUACCUCGUCUCUCUCAUACCAACUGGCAUUCGGUAUUGCUGCUGCUGCUGCCACACGUGUAGGAAACCUUAUCGGCGCUGGAAAUGUUCGACUCUCUAAACUUUCGACACAGGUUGCCUUGACAAUCGCUUUCGCUGUCGGUGUAAUCAACUGUGUAGUGUUAUUGCUUUUGCGUAACAAGUGGGGUUAUCUCUUCAACUCGGAGCCUGACGUUGUCAGCCUUGUUGCUCAAGUAAUCCCGCUCACAGCAAUCAUGAACAUUGGUGACAACACACAGUGUGUUGCAGGUGGUCUUCUUCGUGGCCAGGGUCGCCAACGUAUCGGUGGUAUUGUAAACUUUAUCGCUUACUAUGCCUUUUCUCUUCCACUCUCUGCCUUUUUAUGUUUUAAGGCAGGAUAUGGUAUUGCUGGUUUGUGGCUCAGUAUCGCUAUUGCAACUGGUGCCAUUGCCAUCAUCGAGUGUUAUUUCGUUUUCAAGAUCGAUUGGCAAGCGCUAAUCGACGACGCUGGACGCCAAAUUGAAGAAGCGGAGCGCGCAAUGGAGGAAGAUGCAGCAUAGUUAUCACCUAAUUGUUGCUUUUUGAGCUGAGUCGUCUAUCGUGUUGCUUUUCCUCCUUCUCAUAAUCCAAGUUUUUGUGUUCUCUUUGUUUUUCUUUGAUUUGAAGGAGUUGCAGGACUCUAUUCUUCAAAGAAGGUUUUCUUUAAACGUCGGUCUGCUUACGCUCUUUUGGUAAUACACACAUACACACUCAUACACACUCUCAUAACAAUUAACGAACAAAAAAGGGGAUUGUUUAAAUUUUUCUACGUUUCAGUUUGGCUUGCAUUUGAAAAAAGUUUGGCAUGUGGUUCCAUUUGCUAUGCUUCCACAGGCAUUUGGUUAAGCUCUUUUUCAUCAUGAUCCAUUUUUGAACUGUACAUGGAAUAUGAUAAGCCUGACAUUCCUCACACACUUAAUUCACUGCUAUGAUAUGACAGGAUUCGGUACAUACAUUGACGGGUGCUGAGGGAUUUCGCACCAACGUACAAAAAUAAUUUUAUAAUUAAUAAAAU